AUGACGAACCGGGGUCGUUACAGCUAUGCCAGCAGUGCUAUGAGCACCAUCAACAACCCAAGGAGGAUUCGCAGACGCAAGGACCCGACCCCAUUCAACAUUCUGAUCCUGGGAACGCAAAAUGCCGGCAAAACCUCGUUUCUCGAGUUUCUCAAGACUGCCUUGGCGCUUCCGGCAAAGAAGCAGGGCAGAAAGCAGGAUGAAGAGGCGAUACAAGCUUCUAUCCCUCCCGUCGGCAACUUCAUCCCCCACUACCUGGAGACGGAAAUCGAUGGCGAGCGGAUUGGACUGACCCUCUGGGACUCUGAGGGUCUGGAGAAGAAUGUCGUUGAUCUUCAGUUGAGAGAAAUGUCUGCUUUCUUGGAGAGCAAGUUUGAAGAGACCUUUGCCGAGGAAAUGAAGGUCGUACGCUCUCCAGGUGUCAAGGAUACCCAUAUCCACGCGGCUUUCUAUGUCAUGGAUCCCUCGCGCCUGGAUCGCAAUAUUGCGACCGCGAAACUUGCUGCCUCGCGCAAUGGCUACCCCAACGGAAAACAUGGCACCGCUCGAACCAUUGGUGCUCUCGAUGAGGACAUUGACCUUCAAGUUCUCCGAACUCUCCAGUACAAGACCACCGUCAUCCCUGUCAUUUCCAAGGCCGAUACCAUCACUACCAAGCACAUGAGUGUUCUCAGAAAGGCAGUCUGGGACAGCAUCAAGACAGCAAACCUGGAUCCUCUGGAGGCCCUGGGCCUAGACGAGGAUAACAGCAGCGUUAUUGAAGAGGAGUCCGAUGAAGCCGAAUCAGACGAGCCAGUGGCAUCACCUGUCUCUGCAGGCCAUUCAAAGAGACUCUCCACCAACUCCAUCCGCAAGCACAAGUCCCAAGAGGAGGCCAAGGAAGAGGAGGCGCCGUUCCUCCCCCUUUCCAUCAUUAGCCCCGACUUGUACGAGCCCGGCGUCAUCGGUCGGCAGUUCCCCUGGGGAUUUGCUGAUCCCUACAACGAGGAGCACUGCAACUUUGUACGCUUGAAGGAAGCCGUCUUCACUGAGUGGCGCGCUGAGCUGCGUGAGGCAAGCAGGGAGCAGUGGUAUGAAGGCUGGCGGACGAACAGGCUCAAGCACCGCGAUCUUCCCCAUGCACGAUAA